UCAGUGCUCAGUGAGAAGAUCGCGUUACUCCCCGAUGAGAUCAAAACAAUUAUUAGUAUUUAUUAUAAUCAAUCGAACAGCUCUUAGUAUAUGAGACAGCAGUAAAAUAUUUCCGAUCAGUUUAUAAAAUGUGUCAAAAGAUGUCAAACGUGUUAUUUAUAGUUCUUAGUUUAUUUUUAAUAAUUAAUAUCGUCGCUAGUGUGGGUGACGAUGCUUUUACAAUAUACAUCGAUGGCGGCAAAGAGUUGAGCAACAUAAGAGCAGAUCUGAACAAAGUCAUCGAUACCGAUAAUAAUCUCAGUACGAAUUUAUCGAACAGAUUAAAUGAAAUUGAAUCAACACUGGCAAAAAUAACGGCACUAAUGGAGGGUUUGACUAACGACAUGAAAGCUAUAAAUGACGAACAGAAGGCUGCUUCCAACAAGUGUGGUGUUACUGUGAAAUCGGGCAGCGCGCGGAAAUAUAAGCUUUGAUUUUCACAAAAAUGCAAUUAGUGAUUUGUCUUGAAUGAACCCAAGACUAGAUUAAUGAAUUAGCUACUCACAUAAAUACAUAAAUGUAUAAGAUAUUUUGUAAAAAUAAUAAAAUAUAAAUUAUAAUUUCCUGAAAUAAACUAUAAAUUCACUGAAUUUAGAAUAAGCAUGCAUUACAUUUAUAUAAGUGAAAUCUUAUCAUCUUGCCAAUAAACCUAGCGUACAUACAGUUUGAAUUAAUUUAGUAACAUAUAAAUAAAUGCAUUACUACUGAGAUUACACAUUAAUUGCUUAGCGCAUAUGCUAAUGGAGAGCACACGCACAAAACUCUGGCAAAUGAUGACGUCUUCGAGGAAAUUUCAAUUUAAUUCAACCCACUUCUAUUAAA